AUGACGAAUCCGGAAUCCGAUAUAGAGGUGCAUCCCGAUUCUGAGGUUGGACCCCAGCAUAAUGAUAGGAACCAAGACUCCAUAAGCCACGAGCAGAAAAGCACUACAUCCACCAUGUAUGCCGCUGAUCACAUGUCACUUUUCCAUGAAUGUGUCUUCAUCGCAACAAUAUGCACGGCUCAAUUCACGACGCAAGUAGGCCUAACCCAAACACUGGGCAUCCUGCAUCAGAUCGGCGACAGCUUCGGUAUUACAAACCCUGGGGUGCUUUCUUGGCUCAUUGCUGGUUAUAGCUUGACGUCGGGGACCUUUAUACUCGUUGCUGGCCGGCUUGGGGAUCUCUUUGGGCACAAGAGGAUUUUCAUAAUUGGCAUGCUAUGGUUCGCUCUCUGGACUAUGGUUGCGGGCCUCAGCAUCUAUUGUAACGAGUACCUGUUUAUAUUCGCCAGGGUGUUUCAGGGGCUGGGGCCCGCUGCCUUAUUACCCAACGGGCUUGCGCUUUUGGGGAUUUCCUAUCCCGCCGGACCGAGGAAGAACAUGGCAUUCGCGUUAUUCGGUGCCUGUGCUCCAGGCGGUGGUGUCUUUGGCCUACUCUUCUCCGGCCUGUUUGCGCUAGCCUGGUGGCCAUGGGCAUUUUGGAGUCACGCUAUCACGCUGGUUCUGCUGGCUGCGUUCAGCGCCCUAGUCAUCCCAACACAAAGCCGCUCAAACGAUCAAAACAAAAGCCUUGGAGAAAAGCUUCCAAUGCUCGACAUCCCCGGAGCCGUCACGGGCGUCGCAGCGCUAGUGCUAUUUAAUUUUGCAUGGAAUCAAGCCCCAGCGUACGGCUGGCAGCAAGCAUAUAUCUACGUCAUCCUAAUCCUUGGCGUCAUUUUUGCAGUUUCCUUCUACUUCAUUGAGUCUCGCUGGGCCAAGACACCACUUGUGCCCUUCGAGAUCUUCACGGGUGAUAUCAACUUCGUGGUUGCAUGCGUCGCCUGCGGCUGGGCCUGCUUUGGAAUCUGGAUCUACUACGUGACGCAGUUCAUCGAGGUGCUGAGAGGCGGCUCGCCGCUGCUCACCGCCGCGUACAUCUGCCCAGUGGCCGUUUCGGGCGCCUUCGCAUCCGUGACUACCGGUUUCCUGCUACAGCACGUACGCGCAGCGUGGGUUAUGGUAUUCUCGCUAACGUGUUUCAUGGUGGGGACUAUCCUGGUGGCGACGGCACCAGUGCAUCAAACAUACUGGGCCCAGUUGUUUGUGUGCAUGCUGAUUAUCCCGUGGGGUAUGGAUACGUCGUUUCCUGCGGCGACAGUUAUUUUCUCGAACGCUGUUAAGAAGGAGCAUCAGGGUAUGGGUGGGGCCUUGAUUGGUACGAUAGUAAACUAUAGUAUCUCGCUUGGAUUGGGGUUUGCAGGCACGAUCGACGUGCAUGUUAACCGCGGCAGCACGACGCCGGCUGAUGCUCUGCUUGGGUAUCGUGGCGCGUGGUAUUUUGGUAUUGGGUUGACCGGGCUAGGCAUUGUGUUGAGUUUAAUUUUUGUCGCGAAAGGGUAUUGGCAUGACGUUAAGAAGCAACGAGUUUAG